AUGAGGGGGAGGGCUAUCAAUCAGGACUGUCCCAGGCUCAAGCCAAAGCGUAAGGCCUUCACCCUGAAGUGUCAGGACUGGGUGGGGGGCCUCAUCUUGUGUGACUGUCAUUCCCACAUGCCUCACAGCUACUUCCACUACGUCAGGGGCCACGGGGUUAAGCACCAGCUCAUUCUGUCCCUGUACGUCAGCGCCAUCUAUUUCAGUGACUCUGGCAAGGGGCCGCCUCUUGGGUACUUCCACCGGCUUAGCGACUCCUUCGUAGCGUGGGGCUUGGCAUCUGGCUGUGACCCGCUGGCAGUCAACAAAGGCUCUGGACCAGACUCUCCCCUCCGUUGUUGGCAUGGUGGUCUGGAAUGCCAGGAGACCCGGGUGGCUGCCCUGUGUGAGAGUGGACCAGACUGA